GACUGCAGUCGACUGUCAACAUCAUUAAUUAGGCGACAGCAUAUAUAGACUUCCAAAUCCUACGGGCCUUCAUUCUGCCAAGCUCAUUUAUGUGUUCCAAGCCAGUGUCAUCAAGGAGAACCUGAAGUUUUGUUUCGUGUGCCCAAUGAGCCAUGUGACUGGCGACAUGGCCUCAGACUUAUCGAAGAGAGGGACAUUUAUAGCGGACUCACAUAGUUUUCUAAUGAAGUAUGGCGCCCAAGCGAUACACAAUCCCUACGACGAGAAAAACAAUCCCAAGGGCAUAGUAAGCAUGGGGAUGGCUGAAAAUAAGUUAAUGGAGGACAUUCUUUUUGAGAGGCUCUCACAGCCAGAUAUGCAUGGAAUGAGCAGAGACAUGUUGUACUACUUCAAGUUUUCAGGGACACGAGAUUUCAGGGUGUCCUUGGCCAAUUUCAUCACAGAGAGAUUUGGGACAACUCGGAGUGUCGAGCCUGAUAAUGUAAUGGUUGUUAAUGGUUGCGGUUCAGCUCUGGAGCAGGUGGCCUCAGCAGUAGCAGACCCCGGGGAAUACCUACUGUGUCCAAGUCCGUAUUACAGCAUGGUGAAGUUUGAUUGCAAUAUCAGGGGCCAAGUGGAUUGUUUCGAUAUUCCACUGACAAGCCAGCAAGAGAAUGGCAAAGUCCGACCCUUCCAGUUGACAUUGGAAGACGUGGAGAAAGCGUACCAAGACGCCACCGGACAGGGUUUGGUGGUGAAGGGCAUUUUCUUAUUGAAUCCCUCCAACCCAACAGGAGACGUUUACUCGCCAGAAUUGCUGAUGGAUAUCUUGCUUUUCGCAAAAAGGCACCAAUUACACGUCAUAGCGGACGAGAUUUACGCCUUGUCGGUGUUUGACUCAGAAACCCAGUUUUGCAGUGUCCUUGCGUUACCCAACCUCCCAGACCCUGACAAAACACAUGUUCUAUGGGGAUUUAGUAAGGACUUCGCUCUCUCAGGUUUCAGGUGUGGUACAAUAAUCAGCAGUAAUAAGAAGCUGAAAACUUUCAUUGACAAUAUAGCUUACUACCAGUGCACACCGGUACUGCUCCAGAAUAUGAUGAGGAUAAUGAUUUCUGACAAAAAAUGGCUUGAUUCCACGUAUUUUCCUAUGAACCGCCAAAGGAUGAGAGAAAUGUUUACUUUUGUUACGAAUGAAUUAGAAGAUCUCGGGAUCAAAUGCCACCCAAGCAAAGCCGCCUUUUUUGUAUGGGCAAAUUUUUCACCGUUCAUGUCUGAAAAGACCAGAGAGGAAGAAAUGCAACUAUUCCAAAAGUUGUUUGCUGCUGGAGUGUAUAUUAUACCGGGGACCGAACUAUUCUGCGUAGACCCUGGUUGGUUCAGGGUCCUUUUUUCACUCCAAAAGCCCUAUUUGCAAGAGGGUCUAAAAAGACUUCGUAGCGUCCUCGUCCGUGGUAUUUAAAAUCCAGAGCAAAACCUUUAUUUACCUUUUUGUAGACACUGUUACCAAACAAGCAUUUAUUUGAACUGGCGCAAAAGAACCGUGAGGAUGAACAGCGAAAGUAAAAAUUAAAAUAAGCAUUUGUUCACAUUUUGAAAGGUAAUUUUUUAUGUAAUUCAAGUAAACAACUCGUCUUCUUUGAUUAU